UGCAGGAGGGUUCGGCUUGGUAAGAGCGUUGCCAUUUUCUGAGAAUCUGCGCAAUAGUUGACAACAACCCCUGUGCGGCAAUGCAGGAGCUCUCCCUGGUGGAGGGCAACCAGCGCCGAGGCUUUGCUGAUAUUGCGUGGCAAAUCACAGCACGUCGCGGCUGCAAUGAGUUUGUGGUCAGGUACGACUGCGGCCACUCACUGCGUGCGGAGGUUUGGGCUCCUUGCAUCCCCAGCACAGAGGAGUAUGGAACUCACGAUGCCGAGCGAAUUCGCUAUGGCCAGCACUGCUUGCACGUCCUGACUCGGGAUCCUGGAGCCACGCAGGUGCAGGUCACCGUGCCGGAGGGCCGCUGCAGACACUGCCAGCGCGGGCAGCGGCAGACCCUAGUAUGUGGCCCUGUGCACGCUGACCUGAGGGAGCCGGCAGCUCCAGGCUUGGUGGCAAAGGCAUUGGCACGGGCGCCGCUGGACGCACUGACGCAGGCGAAGCGUGUGGAUCUGCCGAUGACGGCGCAGGCCUUCCUGGCGACAAUCGGCCAGGUAUGCAAGCUGCCGGACGCUGCCGAACUUCCCUCACCCGCAGGUGCCCAGGAGGCAGCCCUAGACACCCCGUUCGCUGCUGAGCCAUUGCCCAAGGAGGAAAUCCGGCGAUGGACCCGCAAGGAAGUGGAGGACGAGCUGGAAUCCAAACUUUCACGCUACAUUUGCUGUGCCACCAUGGUGCUGAUGCUGCUGGUUGCUGAGUGCUUCUACCUUCUGGGCAUCCAGCUGACGCAGGAGGAGAACAGCUUCGACGAGAUCCCAGGAGACGUGGAAGUCUCAUCCAUGGAGCUGGACAAUUUGACAUCCCUGAGCAGCUUGGAGCUUCGAAUGGCCAACUCCACCUGGGUUCUGAGUGCUCUCACCUUGGGAGUCCACAAGGCACUUGGGCCAGGAGACGGCGACGCAGGAAGCACUGGUGUUCUGUGGUCGGCCGUCCACCCGCUUUGGGUUGGGAUGCUGCUGGUGCUGGCACCUUUGCUGCGGGCCAUGGAGCUGUUGGUGGCCACCCCGAGGCUUCUGAUCCUCCACGUGCUUUUCGCUGGCGUGCGCGAACUGCUCUUGAGACCUGGCAGCUUCAUUCUGGGCAUCAUGAGCAGCAUGCUGCUUUUCCUCGUGCGCUCGCUUUUCUCGCCUCCCACGCUGUUCGUCACCUCGGGGCCAACCGCAAACCCGAUCCUUGGCGCAGCGUUCAUAUGUGUCGCGCUGGCUGCGAUAACCUCGCCGAUUCCACUGACCCUUCUUGCCCACGAUCUGUGCAGCGUUGUGGCCAGCUUGCAGACGGUGAGGAGGCUUCGGCGCGCAAUGGCGAGAAACAAGGUUCUUGGCAGACUACUGGACCGCUUCCACCUCGGGCAAUCCAGCGGUCGCGCCAAAGGCUCUCGUGGCAUAGCGAAAGGCAAAGAGUACAAAGGAGAUCGUCCACCUCGCAGCGAUUCCGGCAAGGGAGACAAGUUGCAGGCCAAAGAUGAGCGAAGCACCUUCGUUCCUUCCUGCUUUGUCUGUUUGGACAAACCAUCCAGGUACAUCCUGGAACCCUGUGGUCAUCGAGUGGUUUGUGGUGACUGUGCCGUUCAGCUUGUCGAUGCCGCAGCACGCAGCCGCACGGCCACAGAGGCUGCAGACCGCGGAGGAGAUCGAUGCGGUGGCAAUUGCCCUUCUUGUGGAUUGGCAAUCAGCCGCGCCAUGCGCAUUUUCACCUAACAAUCUGAUGAUAUAGUAACUUUCAACUUUAUAAAUCGUGCAAGCUGAUUAUGAAUUCAGAGUUAGCCCCAAAAUUAGGUUUAUUAUGCAGG